AACACUUUGUAUCUACCUUAACAUGUGUUUUAGUUGAAAGCCUUUCUUAUUUCAACAAUCAACAAAAUCCCAUGUGAAAAAUAUCAAAAUCCAGCCAACAAAAUCAAGAACACAGGAGCUCAAAGAACUCAGAAGAAAAGAAUGGCAAUCGCUAACAAUCUAACCAAUCUCACACUUAUUCCACUCAAAUCUUCUCGCACUCUCUGCCCUCUCUCCACUUCAUGUUGUCCAUUCAACAAUAAUAUCCUUAAACCAGCCACAAUUCUUGGAGUCAAUGGCUCAAGAAAGCACAGACCAUUGAUUUCAAUUCGAGCUAUGAGUUCUUCGUUCGGGUCGAGACUCGAGGAGAGUGUCAAAAAGACUGUAUCUGAAAACCCAGUUGUUGUUUACUCUAAAUCUUGGUGCUCGUAUUCGUCUGAAGUGAAAGUUUUGUUCAAGAAGCUUGGAGUGGAACCGUUGGUUAUAGAAUUGGAUGAAUUGGGUGCCCAAGGGCCUCAGCUACAGAAGGUACUUGAAAGGCUUACUGGACAACACACAGUUCCAAAUGUAUUUAUUGGGGGCAAACACAUUGGAGGUUGCACAGAUACCGUGAAGCUAUACCGGAAAGGAGAAAUUGAACCUUUGUUGUUAGAAGCCAAUGCCAAAAAGACAUAGGGCCUGAAUCCCUAUUGUUGUAUUGAUUGAAAUCCGGUUCCAUAGUGAAUCUUGGAGAGUUAGGAAGACACACCUCGCGCCAUGCCUUUGCUAAUUUGGAGUAAAAGUAAUUUCAUCUCAUUAGUAUAAAUUUUCUUUCCGAUUUCAACUCCUGUUUAUUGAUCUCUUAAGUCUUCAGUUAAAUUGUACAUUGAAAUCAUUUGAGUUUGUUGUUGCUUAAUCACAGUAGAAGCUUUUUUAAA